CCAGAAUUUGGGCAGAUUGGCUAAUAUAUUACAUAUCUUCGGUUUCAACAAAGAGAGAAAGCGAGCUGGCUGCAGUAAAGAAACGGAGGAGAAAGGAUACUUCAUUUGCUAGGGCGCCAUUGCAGUUCCCUUCAGGCUGCAUCUACCCCUCAACCGGAGCGCCCGCUUCUGAGCGAGCUUGAGGAGAGUCCCUUGCCCAGGAUCUUUCUUUCCAAGCCCCCAGCGCUUCAAAGACAGGCCCGUUUAUGAGCUCGAAGGAGAGACCCACGCUUGGUGGCGCGCGGAUCAAGACCCGCAAGCGGAACAUCGCAGUUCCGAAUGACCCCUCUGGGUUUGCGGACAAUGUCAUUCAGUUCUUUAGGGACAAGGACGGUGACUUGGACGCUAUCUCGAAGGUGAUUGGAGAGGUCGACGACCUUGAUUUUUCAAGGUAUGGGGACACCUUGUUUGAGGUGAUCUUCACGGGGCAUGCGCUGCAGCCGGGGAGUGUGGUGCCGCUUGAAGAUGCAAGUGACCAGCCCUGGAAUGUGCUAGCGUGCGAGCCAACCAAGUCGGGCAUCUUGGUGUACGUAAGCUUUGUGCAGAAGCUGAUCCGGCGGCGGCCAUUCCUGAUCAAGAACCUGGAGAACAACCUCCAGAGGCUGCUGCAGUCGCUGGAGCACUAUGGCCCGGAAGACCGCAAGAAGCUCGCCGUCUUCACGGCACUCACCUUCUCGCAGAAGCUGGGGCUGCCUCCAGAGACCAUCUUCGAGGGCCUGCUCAAGGAUGCCAUCGUGCAGAAGGGGACCGUGCUGUCCUUCCUCACCGAGUUCUGCAAGGAGUACCUGGCGGACAACAAGUUUGAGGAGCUGGUCAGCCUGCUCAAGCGGGCCAAGGUGGACGACCGGUUGCUGGAGUUCUUCCCCAUGCAGAAGCGGACUGUGGAAGCGUUCAACGACCACUUCCACAAGGCCGGCCUGGACGUCCUGGUCGAGUACAACAACAAGAAGGUGUUUGACAUCAAGCUGAGGGAGCUCAAGGCCACCGUGACGACAAUGAUCAGCGAGGAGGCCCCCGUGGACGACGUCAUUGCGUUUGCCAAGAAGGAGAAGAAGGACUCGAGCCUGCCCGAGGUGGACGUGCUGCUGGACCUGUGGGACGCCAUGAUGGACGCCGUGCAGUGGAGCGGCAAGAACCAGCAGCAAAACACCAACCUCGCGCUCCGCCAGGUGAAGGGACGGGGCAAGCUCCUGGGCGCUUUCUCCACCACGAGCAAGGCGGAGUUUGCGCUCAUCUACAAGGUCCAGGCCUGCUGCUACGAGGACGCCAAGCUCAUGAAGCUCUUUGCCGAGAUUGUGCGUAUCCUGUACGACUUGGACGUGCUGGGCGAGGACACCAUCUUGACCUGGUAUCGCAAGGGGACUAACCCCAAGGGCAGGCAGGUGUUUGUGAAGGCCCUGGAGCCGUUUGUCAAGUGGCUGGAGGAAGCCGAGGAGGAAGACGACGAGUAAAUGUAUCGAAUUUGCCGUGACGAUGCUCGAUGCUGUUUUGUUUUCGACCGAAGGGGUUUUGAGCUGUAUCGCUUAUAUUUCAUGAAGUCCAAAGAGCUAUAUAAGGUGCAAUAUGAGGUGCACUGCGCUCUAACAGAAAUCGGGCCGUCUGCAUCUUCCAGCCACUAUUAUAUGUUUAAGUGACACUUUCUUCGAAUGCUCGGAGUUCUACUGUGCGCUAGCUUCCAGCUUGUUGGAAGGCGUUGAGCGCUAUCAGCUUUCAUAGGGAUAUCCUGACUGAUAUAACCCGAGCAAAGAGUGACCUUGUGCUGGCCAUCGACAACCCUGAAUUGUAUUCGGCGGUUGGCCUGGAAUGGCCGGAGGCGCACACGAAUUCAGUC